AUGUGGCCCAGAUAUCAGGUAGAUCCUUGCGCCGCGUUGGAUCGCGAAGGUUUCUGUUUCUGGAUGACCUUCAGCUUCAUCUGCGGUCGGUGUGGGGUCUUUGUGAGUGGCUUCAUCAUGAUUCUGUUCAAGACUCACGCGGACAUCGCAAAAUCCUGGCUGGAGGAUGGAUUUGCAAGCGAGUUCGGCAACUUGAGAUUAUGUUACGACGUCCCUGAAGCCGAAUCAACCCAGAACGUCCUUCCCGGAGGCUGGCAGUGGCCUCGCAGCCGGAUGGCUCGCCAAAGGGGUGUCACUCUGGGUCCGAAGAUUCGCUUUCCAAAUGACCAGAAUGGCAUUCCUGUGCCCACCCAUGCCUUCGUGACUUUCAGAACCAUCACCACCUCGCCUAUGCUUCGAAUUGCAAACUGGUACGCACAAAUUAAAAGGAAGCUGGCUAGAUUGCACCCAUCAGAAGAGGCUCGGAUGAGCCAGCCGUUGGGACACCCCGGCAUCAACCAACGAGUAAUUCGCCCUUAG